CAAAUAUUUUCAAUUUUGAUAUUGAAGAAUAAAGAAUGCAACCCUUGGAGCGAUCAAGUAACAGCGCAAUGACGACCGAUACACUCCCAACAAAUCUUCCGCCGCCAGCAGAGGACUCAAGCAGUUCAAGAAGCUCUCCAACAUCAUGCAGAAAUUUAUCAACACUCACCUUUUCAAUAGCAAAAAUAAUGGAACCUGAUCGACGGUUAACAUGUGAUAUGACCGCUUCCACUGAGACAACCAUUCGUCUUCGGCAGCCAUCAUCAAAUAUCCAAUCACUCUCUUACUCGGCGCACUUGGAAUCAGCAUUCAAGAAGUACGUACCUACAUUAAGACAUCAGAGUCUUCUUCAGCACUAUCCCCUGCUGUAUUACCAUCCAAAUCCCUUGCUGAGAGUUUUUCCGCCAAGUGGAACAGUCCCAGCGAGUAAUAAUCCAACGCAAACAGUCGAACAUCCAUCGACAUCUCCAUUAUCACAAGCACCACAACCACACUCUGCCAAUCGAUUGGAAGCACCAUCACUAUCAACCAGUAGAGAAAUAAAUGCAAACAAGCAGAAAACAUUUGCUUGCCCCGAGUGCGGUAAGGUAUUCAAUGCCCACUACAAUUUAACGCGUCAUAUGCCAGUGCACACUGGUGCGCGUCCAUUCGUCUGCAAGAUAUGUGGCAAGGGUUUUCGUCAAGCUAGCACACUCUGCCGUCACAAAAUCAUUCAUACAGCCGAAAAACCACAUAAAUGUCAAACGUGUGGUAAAGCUUUCAAUCGUAGUUCAACAUUAAACACUCAUACGCGUAUCCACGCCAAUUACAAGCCAUUUGUUUGUGAAUUUUGUGGUAAGGGAUUUCAUCAGAAAGGCAACUACAAGAAUCAUAAGCUCACCCAUAGUGGCGAGAAGGCCUAUAAGUGUAAUAUAUGCAAUAAAGCUUUUCAUCAGAUUUACAAUCUUACAUUUCAUAUGCAUACGCAUAAUGAUAAGAAGCCUUUUUCUUGUAAAAUAUGUGGCAAGGGUUUUUGUCGAAAUUUUGAUCUGAAAAAACAUAUGCGCAAACUCCAUGAUAGUGGUUCACCAGUGCUGAGUACCUCUAAUAUUGGAGGAACCAAUGGCCAGUCCCUCGUUGAUAGCACAACAUUCUCUCCAAUUCAUCACAGUGCAACGAGUCAUGCCUUCGUCAGUCCAUUUUUACUACCGCCACCCGGAUCACAUCAGAGUUAUCUUACCAAGAUGUUGUGA